CAGGCGCGGCGCUUCUGACGCCGCAGCGGAACCUCCGGGGUUGAUUCAAAGUUUCCGCCCGGGAGAAGUGCGGGGACCGGACGGCCCCCUCCCGCCUGUGGAGGGGGAGCCCGCGCCUGAGGAGCAAGGCCUCGUGCCGUGCGGAGCCCGCGCUCGCCUGACGGGGCUUCCUUCGCCGCCGCCAUCGCCAUGUCGACGGGCUUCUCCUUCGGAGCCGGCACUCUGGUGACGGCUGCAGCGGCCGCUGCUGGGACCGGAGGAGGGGGCGGCGGAGGCGGUUUCUCCUUCGGGGCCGCCGCUCCGAGUUCGACGGGAGGACUUAAUUUUGGGACCCUGGGCUCAACAGCUGGCCCAGCUGCUACAACAACAGGUUCUUCUGUAGGCUUUGGAACUGGACUCUUUAGCACAAAACCUGCCACUAGUUUUACACUGGGAGGAACAAAUGCAGGAACAGCAACAACCAUUGCUACUGGAUUGUCACUCGGUACACCUGCUACUACUUCUGCCUCUACUGCAGGCUUUAGUUUAGGAUUUAACAAACCUGCAGGAUCAGCCACACCAUUUGCUUUGCCUGUCACUUCUACCUCUGCUGGCCUUUCACUUUCUUCUGCUCUAACAUCAACUCCUGCAGCAGGGUCCUCUGGUUUUACAUUGAACUUGGGAGGCACAGCUGCUCCCACCUCAACUGUAUCUACAGGCCUUUCUCUAGGAGGAGCCUUAGCUGGAUUAGGAGGGACACUCUUUCCAAAUGCAAGCACAGCGGCAACAGGUCUUGGACAGAAUGCUUUGGGUUUGACUUUGGGGGCAGCUGCAGCACCAGCCACUACCAUUAAUGAAGGUCUUGGUGGCAUAGAUUUCAGCAGUUCUUCAGAUAAAAAGAGUGACAAAACAGGAAUUAGGCCAGAGGAUAGUAAGGCACUUAAAGAUGAAAAUCUACCUCCAGUAAUCUGCCAAGAUGUGGAAAAUCUCCAGAAGUUUGUAAAAGAACAAAAACAAGUCCAGGAGGAAAUCAGUCGAAUGUCUUCCAAAGCAAUGCUUAAAGUGCAGGAGGAUAUUAAAGCUUUGAAACAGCUUUUAUCAGUGGCUGCCAGUGGAUUACAGAGGAACACUCUUAACAUUGAUAAACUGAAAGUGGAAACUGCUCAGGAACUUAAAAAUGCUGAAAUAGCAUUAAGAACGCAAAAAACACCUCCUGGUCUUCAGCAUGAAAACACAGCACCAGCCGAUUACUUCAGGAGCUUGGUCGAACAAUUUGAAGUACAACUGCAACAGUACAGACAACAGAUUGAAGAGCUGGAAAAUCAUCUUGCUACUCAGGCAAAUAAUUCACAUAUAACUCCACAAGACUUAUCUAUGGCUAUGCAGAAAAUUUAUCAAACAUUUGUAGCUCUAGCUGCACAACUUCAGUCAGUACACGAAAAUGUGAAGAUGCUCAAAGACCAGUAUCUUGGUUAUAGAAAAACCUUUCUGGGAGAUGCUGUGGAUGUUUUUGAGGCAAGGCGAGCAGAAGCCAAGAAGUGGCAGACCGCCCCACGUGUUACAACUGGACCUACUCCUUUCAGCAACCUACCAAAUGCAGCAGCUGUUGCCAUGGCUGCAACACUUACACAGCAGCAACAGCCUGCUACAGGGCCACAGCCGUCUCUGGGAGUUAGUUUUGGAACACCAUUCGGUUCAGGUAUUGGCACUGGCUUGCAAUCAAGUGGCUUAGGCUCUUCAAGCCUUGGAGGGUUUGGAAGUAGCUCUGGUUUUGGAAGCAGUGCUACAGGUGCAUCGUCUUUUGGAUUUGGAACGGCAAAUAAGCCUUCAGGAAGCCUUAGUGCAGGCUUUGGCAGUUCAAGCACAUCUGGGUUUAACUUCAGCAAUCCUGGCAUCACAGCAUCUGCUGGCCUGACAUUUGGGGUGUCCAAUCCAGCCUCCGCAAGCUUUGGUACAGGAGGACAACUUCUUCAACUGAAGAAACCCCCAGCUGGAAACAAGAGGGGGAAAAGAUAAACGUGAAGGGCGAUGCAAGGGAGGGCUGGGGCAGAGAGAAGGGGCGCUGCGUUCACAUGGCUCGUUGUGAGAAAAUCUAUUUUUUUAAGCUGAUAAAAUAGAUGCUCCGCAUCUUGGAGAUUUAUAACAUUUUGCUACUUCUCCCUGUCCUGGAUUAUAAAACGUAAUUGUAAUAAACAGCUAUUUUCUUGUGAAUCGAAGCCCAAUUUUUUGUCUUAGAUUUAGAUAUGUAUUUCAUGAUUAAAGAAUCCUGUAAAUUCAUAUAUUUAACCUCAUAUUAGUAGCAGAAUAUUUUGUCAAGCUUUAAACCAUAUAGAAAAAUACGUAUUUGGAGGGUUUUUUAAUAGAUUAAAGUAUAUUCUAGUAGAAUUGCUUGAGCCCAUAUCUUCUGUUUCUUGAUAUGGCCUUUUAAAAUCAUCAGGAUGGUUUUGUGUAUAUGUAUGUAAAUAUAUACAGUACAAAUACACAGUUGCGUGCACAUACUGAUUCAUAGAAUGCAUUUCAACCUUUUCUCAUAAGGCAAAGGAUUAUCUCAGAUGCGAUGCCCACAGAUCGUUCCACUGUGUGUGGAGGAGAGCGAGAUCAAUGCUUUGCUGCCCUGCCUAGUCAUUUCCACUGCCCCACCUCCAUUAUCACGGGGUAUAAUGUUUUGGUGCAGCUACAUGUCUACAACCAAUGCACCUAGACUCAGAAUGCAUAUCCAGUUACCUGGUUUUAUAUGGCUGCUAGCCCCUUUGAAAUUGCGCCUGCAUGAGUGGGCCCUUUGGGACGUUAUUCCCUCAAGUGAAUGUCAAAGGUGUGGCAGGAAUGCUGCGUGAAGAGGGAAGUAUGAUUUGCUCUUCUUAUCCCUGUACCCUAUCGUGAACAAGAGUGGUCCGUGGGCAUAUCCUAAAUAAAUGUUUCCAAGUUUAGUUUUGGUUCUCAGUGGUUCUCUCUCUCUUUCUCUCUCUCUCUCUCUCUCACACACACACACUCAACUGUGUUAGCUUAUCAAACUCCAGUUGUUAAAUUCAUUAAUGCAUGUGUUUUCAGAUCAUACGACAUAGCAAGUUGUCUUAUCUAUCAUUUUCCCAUUUCUGUUUUGUUCCCAUUCAGUGCGUUAGACUGUGUGUUCACAGUUAACGUACUCAAAGUAAUUGGUGAGCUGUGACGGUGUGUUUUCAGCUGCAAGGUUUCAAAAAGAAACCAUGGUUUUGGAGAGCAGACAGCUGAUUUGUGCAUUCGGAAAUAGCCCCAAUCUGCACAAAUAACGCACAGGAGUGGCUAUGCUUGUGUCAUCAGCAUAACAGAAGAGUACUGCGGAAAGGGCAUAGUGGAAGCUUUUAGAAGCAGAGUGCACUGAGAAUGAGGAAACCUCUGCUCAUGAAAAUCUUUUCCAACCUUGUACUAUGCACAUAAAACAGUGCACAAAAUAAAUUAGUUCAGACGGAGGUUAUUUCAGAACAAAUUAUAAUCUGCUUUGUUUUAGAGCUUUCAUUUCCAGUAUAGAGGAAGAAGCUUGUGCUAUUCUGAGAUAACUAUCAACUCCAAAACGUGGUGCUUGCUGAUGCUCAAAAGACAGCAGACACAAUAAGUAGCUACAAAGUGUAGAACGAGGCCAUAUACUAAGAGUGAAUUAUGGGACCCAGUUGUAAUUACAGUCUUGCAUGAGAGUUCAAGUGACGGUGCCCUUGAAUGUUGAAACUCUGUCUCCUGGUCAGUAAAACAAGCAAUGGGAACGUUUGUUUCUUUAAACUAGGGGCUGCUGUCGACACCGAUCCCAUUAAUUUCAGCGGGGCUUUUGCUAGGCUGUCUUUCAGGGGUAGGCUGUUAAUCAGCUUAUCUCAUUACUGCCGCAUGUCUCUUUGUGGAACUACACUGAGGUCUAAUCUCUUUAUGUAGAAACUAUUUUGUACAUAGUCCAAGGAAAUAUUUGCAGUUCUCAUGUAGGCACCUUUAAAAACAAAUAGUGUAAUGUACAUAUUUUGGUUUUGCAGUUGUCUGGUUUCAGUUGUUGAGAAUUAUUUUUGUAAGUUCUGGCUGUUUAUAUCUUCAUAUGUAAUGAAUAAUCUGGCAGAUGUGAGAGCCUUGAAUGUGAUAUGUUCAGAAACAAGGUGGAAAUAGCUUACUUUAGUACAAGACUUUUCACCUUUUGACACAUGUAUUAGCAGAGUACGAAGAAUAAUCCAUUUUCUUUUUUUAAAGGAAGAAUGUAGAGUUUUUAAGCCUAAUGAUAUUAAGAAAAGCUUAACACCCAAUUUUGUUUUGAAUUAGUGUUGGGCUUGUGUUAGGCUUCAGUUUAAAGAAACACCUGGCAUAUGCGUGUUUCUGCUUUUUUACAAAAUUACAUUGUUGAACCACUGAAUUUCCUUGCUGUAUAUAAUUUGUGAACCUAUUUUUUUAACUGUUGCUGUCUUUGUCCAUAUGUGCUGCUUUCUGUUCCAUAAAUAAAAAAAGUGAUUGAAGUGA